AGAAUUUCACUUGACCACACUCCUGCUUUGGUCGCAGUACAGUGUUUGACGCGCAGUCGAAGGAGGCCAGUCAAAGCGGAGCAUAAGAGCAAAUGGGUGGACAAUGAAUCGCACGAUGUUUUCCAAUACAACGGUAUAAUGUGAAUAGUGAUAAAUCGACAUGAUAUGGUGCAUAAUCGGAUUGUAAACGCGCGCGGUAAUGUGGAUAAAAAGUAAAAAAGCUAAGAAAAAAGUGCAGUGACUCUACGUUUGAUUGGUAGUGCACGCAGAGCGGCCCUUCGUGUACAUACACAUGUAAUGACAAACUGACUCGAAAGCAGGAAGGACAGGAAGAAAGAAAAUGGAGCAUCGGAAGCAAACGAUGAGCUCGACGGAAAUAGCGAAAGCUAACGAGGAGUUCGAUCUGUUUUGCAACGCGACCACUUUGAAAUCAAUUCUGGGACAUUACAGGCAUCUCUGCGAUUUGCUCAGGAUAAGGCCGAACGUGAUCAAUCAAUUUUAUCCAAAAUUGAAAGCGAAAUUGCGAUCGUGGAAGGCUCAAGCCCUCUGGAAAAAAUUCGAUCAGAGGGCCAAUUACAAAUGUUACAAUCGUGGCAAAGCAUGCCCGAACACGAGGGUGUUGAUCAUCGGAGGCGGGCCAUGCGGCCUUCGUUCGGCGAUAGAGGCGCAAUUAUUAGGAGCGAAGGUCGUCGUUGUAGAGAAACGGGAUCGAAUGUCCAGGAACAACGUGCUUCACCUGUGGCCCUUCGUUAUCCACGACCUUCGCGCCCUGGGGGCGAAAAAGUUCUUCGGGAAAUUUUGCGCCGGCUCCAUCGAUCACAUUAGCAUCCGACAACUUCAAUGUAUAUUGCUCAAAGUCGCUUUGAUCCUCGGCGUCGAGUUCCACGAGAGCGUCAGUUUCGACGCUUUGAUAUCUCCGCCUGAGAAUCAGGAAGAGGGCAAGAUCGGUUGGAGAGCGAAAACCACUCCUGCCGAUCAUCCAGUCUCUCAGUACGAGUUCGACGUGUUGAUAGGCGCCGACGGGAAGAGAAACACGUUGGAAGGUUUUAAGCGGAAAGAGUUCAGGGGUAAAUUGGCUAUUGCGAUAACGGCGAACUUCAUAAAUAAACGGACCGAGGCGGAAGCCCGUGUCGAAGAAAUUAGCGGGGUUGCCUUCAUCUUUAAUCAAAAGUUUUUCAAAGAAUUGUACCAGGAGACCGGUAUUGAUCUAGAAAAUAUCGUGUAUUACAAAGACGACACUCACUACUUCGUGAUGACGGCUAAGAAGCACAGUCUUAUAGACAAGGGAGUGAUUUUGCAGGAUCACGCGGAUACGGCGAAAUUACUAGCGAAAGAAAACGUGGAUCGCGAAGCGUUGAUGCUUUACGCCCGAGAGGCUGCCGAAUUCUCCACGGAAUACCAAAUGAUUGGUAUGGAAUUCGCAGUGAACCAUUAUGGUCAACCAGACGUUGCCAUGUUCGAUUUCACGUCCAUGUAUGCGGCGGAGAAUGCCAGUCGAAUUUUGGAACGUCGUGGCCAUAAAUUACUUAUGAUCCUUGUCGGCGAUAGCCUGCUCGAGCCAUUCUGGCCAACGGGAUCUGGUUGCGCAAGAGGAUUUUUAAGCUCCUUGGACGCUUGCUGGGCGAUCAAAGGAUGGGGCGCGAGCGUGUCGCCGUUGGAAGUAAUCGCCGAACGGGAGUCAAUUUACAGGUUACUUGGACAGACUACGCCUGAAAAUUUAAACAGAGAUUACGCUGCGUACACGCUAGAUCCUCAUACCAGAUAUCCGAAUUUGAACGUGUCGUCGGUGACGCCGAUACAAGUGCGAAGUCUGCUCGACACGGAUGAUCCCGACAGCGUGAAACAGCCUCCUGUCCAGUCUGACAUCGAUAUCCCUAAAAAACGACGUCGUCGGGAUUUGCGUGGAGAUUCGCAAGUGCAUCCGGACACUCUGCUUCGCUGGCUGCAGAAACAAGUUGCCCUGUACGACUCGGUUCAGAUAAGAGACAUGGGCGCCUCGUUCAAGAAUGGUCUGGCUAUUUGUGCGAUAAUUCACAGAUAUCGUCCAAACCUAAUUGAUUUCCACAAUUUGAACCCAGACGAUGCGGUUACGAACAAUCAAUUGGCCUUUGAUAUAUUGGAAAAAGAAUUGGGCAUACCUCCUAUAAUGACAGGGGAGGAAAUGGCCCAGUGCGACGUUCCCGAUAAACUUGCCAUGUUUUCUUACCUCACACAGAUAUACGAAGUUUUCCGCGGUGAAAUCCCGUACAUUAAACAUCCAAAAUUAGAACCUGAAAACGAAGAAAGGCCCGCACAUAGUAAACAAUUGACACCUGAUCAAAAAGUUCAGUUAAUUGACCGUAUCGUCAGGCAAGAUAGCGCAACGAGAACGAGACACUCACGAUCGCGUCAUAACGAAAAUUUAAACCCCGCGGAUAAGAAGGGGGACACGAUUAGCCGACGUUCUCGAAAGAGACGAAGCACAGAGAAGAUGGGCGCGACAGUGGAGGAAAGGCAGAAGAGACUCGCAGAAAUAGAGAAAAAUCGCGCAGAACGUAUGAGAAGGCGGCAAUAUUUACGAAAUAUGGCGACGCAGCAAUUCUACAAAAGUAUGCAGAUGCUGCAAGCGAACGCAAAACGCGAGAAAGACGAGCCGUUCGAAGAUUAUUCAAUAUUCUUAUAUCGUCAAACUGCGCCGGAUUUCAAGGAUAGGGUGAAAUACCUAGAGCAGAAAAUAUUAUAUCCAGAUAGAGAACCUAAGAUUCACGCUGGUCAUCAUAGAAAUAGCAUAGACGAAGAAUUCUCCGGUAGAAUAAAAAGUAUCGAAGACAAGUUGAAAGGAUCUACACCGGUUGAGAAAAAACCCAGAGAUCUUCUGCGUGCAAUUGGUAAAAUUGAGAAGACCGAUUGGAAUGUGAAGGAAAUCGAGAAGAAAAUCGAAGAGAAUAAAAUGGGUCGUUUGGUUCGACACGACAAAGUAGAACGAGUGCCGAAAUGGAGUCGAGAACAGAUGUGUAUAUGCUUCAUUCAGUUUUUAGCUCGACAAAUCAAGAUGGAGAAGAAGGGACGUGAUCAAAGGGAGACAGAUAGUAAGUACGCUGAUAUUGACAAUACCCUGAAGAAUAUUGACAGGAAGAUCAAAGAGGGUAAUGUGCUUGGGUACAAUAAAGUGUCGGCAAUGGCCGAACAAUUUUCAAAUAAAAGUCAGGACGCGGAGCCCAAGAUGCAGAAACCGAAUGUCAAGCCCACGAUAACGUUACCUGCUCAAGGAGGUUCAGAAAUGUGUCAUUUUUGUAAUAAAAGAGUUUAUCUAAUGGAGAGACUUAGUGCCGAAGGGAAAUUUUUCCAUCGAGGAUGUUUUCGUUGCGAAUAUUGUUCUACCUCGUUAAGAAUAGGAAACCAUACAUUUGAUCGGGAUAAAAAUGGAGGACGAUUUUAUUGUACGCAACAUUUUGGUUUCUCAGGAACGUUGAAAACUCGCGUGGAAAAGAAGAAAAUUACGACGUUGAAUAAAGAAAAUAUACCUGCAACGUCUGUAAAUUUAAAAACACCCGAAAAAGGAAAGAUAUCUUUAGAGGGUGUUGUUGGUCUUGAUUUACUUGAUCGUGGACAAACACCUGAGAGAAUAGAAUUCGAAAAUUUAGCAGGAAUAUCGGAUGCUGAAGAACCUCAAAGCCAAAUGGAUGAAGAUGAAUGGACGGAUAGGAAUUUCGGGGCUUCUACCGCAGAAAUGGGAUCCAGUGAUGAUAUUUCGGAUAUGAGCGAUUCAGAUGAUGAUAACGAAGUAUACGAAGAGGCAAUAGAUCAACCCUUAACAACCGAAGGAACUCUUGAACUUGCGAAAAAUUGGACACUACGAUAUUCCCAUCCUCAUGCUGCAAUGGGACAAUCUGAUACAGGAAGCAACGAAUAUGAAGAUUCUAGCGAUGAAUAUACGAAUGAAGACGAUGAAAGUACAACUGCUACGGAAGAUGAAGACGACAUACGUGCCCGAGAACUUAGAAAGCAAGAAGUUUGGUUGAAGAAUCCCACACGUAGCUCCGAUACGGACAGCGGUUCAGAAACGGAGGUGAAAAUUUCUCAAGAUUCUGUAGAUAAUAUAAUUCAAGAAUCUCUUAUACUUCCUGUACAAAUUUCCAAUUUAAUAUCGCACCAAGAGGUAAACGUGAAUAAUAGUGAUGUUGAUCAAGAUAUCGGUACAGAAGAUAUGCAAAAAUCGCCUGAUAAAAUACUGAUGAUUGAUGAUCCCACGUUAGUAGGAAAUACAGAUCAACGAGUAAUAGAUGACAUAAAGUUUGGUAGUGAAGAGAAUACAUAUCAAGACAAAGCAUGUGGAAGCUUAAUUCCUUUGUCUGAUUCCCCUUGUAAUUUAACAUCAGACAAUAGAGAAAAUAAUAGCGUAAAUUCAGAUUCAUUUUCAAUUCUUUCUAAUCCCAUUAUGUAUGUACAAAAUAAUUCCAAUACGCAUGAUAAUAUAGAUGAAUCUAUUUCAGAAUACGAAAGUUUAGUGGAUGAAAGUGGUCUUCCAAGCUUAAAUCAAAAUCAAAAAAUUCAAAAAGAAUCCUUAAAUAAAAGUAAUCAGGUCAAUUCUACAUUCUACAGUGAUACUAGUAAUAUAUUGAAUAAUAAUAUAAUUUCUUUUAAUGAAAACUUAGAUAAAAUAAAUAAUACCGAUAAUAAUAAAUUAACUCAAAUAAUUAUUUCUAGUCAUAAUGAAGUAAAUAACAAAGUAAUGCCUGACUUAGAUAUUACCCUUUCAGAAACAAAUAAUAAAACUAAACUGCAAACAGCGUUUGCAGGAAUUAUGCUUCCAGAUGCUAUACCACUUUCUCAGACUAGUUACAAUAAUACAAUCCAGCCUAAUACCGAAGAAAUUGUAAACUUCAAGGAGAAAUUACCAGAUUUAAUCACUUCUUCUCCAAAUUGUAGUAGAGAAUCAUCGCCAUCUUCUUUAUCUGAAAUUUAUAAAUCAACAGAAACACUAUAUGAUGAAGCGUUAAUAUCCGAUACGAAAGAUAAAAUGAUUGCAAAAGAAACAGAAAUUUAUGAUUCAGAUAGUACACGAAAUUAUAAAAAAUCUACAAAUGAUGAUAAAUCGAAAUUAUUCAUAAAGGAUUUUAAACGAAUUCCAAUCGUAACUGUUACUUCGCCAUCUCCGACAAAUGAAAAAUCGUUGGAAGAAGCAUUUGAAACUGCUAAAUUAACAGUACCUAAAGAAAUACCGUAUAAUCAAAUGAUUCAAUCCGAUGGAAAUAGUUCAUUUGAUAAAUUAAAACGAGAUUUAAAACAAAGAAAAGCAAGGAAUAAAAUUCCAGUGGGUGAACUUCGACCAUUAUCUACUGAAAAUGCUCGAAAAAAAAUGAAUAUAUAUUUCACAAAUGAAAAAAAUCCAAAGCCAAAAGAUCAAAAUAUUGUAUUUCCUCAAAAAGAAAAAUCGUCUAAUGUUAAAGUUAUCGAAUUGGAUAUUAAGCCAAAAUUAUCUAAUAAAGUUGAAACGAAAGAUAUAAUGAAAUAUUUUCAAAAAACGAAGCCCGAAUUUUCGGAAAAAUUAAAUUAUAAACUUGAAGAUCCAGAAAAUAAUGUCGAUAGAUUAAGUGAAAUUGAUAAAGAAUUCGAAGAAAUAAAACAACAAAACGAAGAAAUAUUUUCGAUCGAUAUUGAAGAUAUUGAAUCUAAAUUGCAUUUAAAUAUGCUGCCUAUGAAAUUAAAAAUAGAAAAUAUACAUGAACAACCAAAUAUAGAAGAAUGUGAACUUCAAAGAAAUUAUGUGAAUAAAGAAAAUAUAGAUUUAAAUAACUUUUCACAAAAUGAAUUACAUGAAAAGAAAUCAAAUGAUAUAAAUAUAGAACAAACUCCAUUAUCUGUAAAACAAAUUAAUAACAUUUUGAAUACUAAAUCAGAAAAAGAUAUAAUAAUUAAUUUCACUCCUAAUUGUGAAUUACCAUUAACGAAUGAUAUUCCAGAAAUGAAAUUAUAUGAACAAAAAACAGAUAACACUCAUUCUAUUAGUGAUAGUAACACUAAUGAAAAAACGAUAUUAUCAACACCACAAUUUGAUGUUAUUAAAACUAAUAAAUACAUUUUGCAUGCAAGUGAUGAUAGUUUAAAUAUGAGAAAAAAUGUUGCUAAUAAAACUGCUCUCGCAUUACAUAAAAAUUCUAAAUCUUCUUCCGAAUUAACAACUUUACCCGUUGAACGCGAGCAAAUCGCCAAAGUUAAAAUUGUUGAACAGAAUAUUGAAGUACCAAAACGUGUAACCAAAACGAAUACAAAUAAUAAUUUAAUUCUAUCAAACAAAAUAGAUGAAAUUCCAAAAAAACCAGAAAGAAAACAUGGAUCCUCAAUAAGUUCCAACAUGUCUAAUGUACAAAAUACUCCUAAUGUUCCAGUAAGAAGAAAAUUUUUAAAACAAAAGGCUAAUGUUCCAUCUCCUUUUGAAGGAUCUACCAAUAACGUGCAAUUAAAUUCCACUAAAAUUAACGAAAGAUUGGUUGAAUCAAAUAUUAUUAAUCAACGCAAUAAUGUAACAAAAACUAAUAACUUAAAAUAUUCACCUGAAACAUCAGACAGCAAUAGUGAAAUAGACACAACAUUUAAUACAUUAAACAAUGUUACUGAUGAACGUAAACAUUCUCAAGUCACAAAGUCUCUUCCAUUAAUAAACUCAAAUCAGCGUGAAUCUACGAAAUCUGUAUCUUUCAAGAAUGAUCGAAUAAAGAAAGAUAAAUGUAUAGUGUCUUAGCGUAUAUAACUGUAAUCGACAAAACAUAUACGAGUGCAUAUAUGAUGAACAAAUUUUUAAAUAUGAUUAAUGUAUCUUUCCAAUAUAUGUUUUUCAAUUUUAUGAUUUACAUUUAGGGAAAUUGUGUGAGAUAUGUUAAUAAAGUAAAACAAAAAAAAAAAAAGAUAUUAAUAAUA